AUGGGCUCCAUCUCUGAGAUACCAAAGACCCAACGCGUCGCCAUGUCGGACACGCCCGAGACAGGGGCCAAGAUUAUCGAGCACCCAGUCGUGCAGCCCGAGAAUCUCAAACCAGGGGAAGCGCUCGUUCGUCUGGCAUACUCGGGAGUCUGUCACUCGGAUACCCAGCUCCUUGGUCUGUGCUUUACGCUGAACGACCCAAAGGUCGUCGGACACGAGGGAGCUGGCGAGAUCGUGGCCAUCAACGACCCCCUCUCCAAGCUCAAGGUGGGCGACAAGGUCGGCAUCAAGUUUAUUGCCGAUACCUGCAACCAGUGCGAGUUUUGCCUUGAUGGCCACGACAUGCUGUGCGCCCACAUGAAGUGGUCCGGUCGGCAUGUCGAUGGUACUUUUCAGCAGUAUGCCGUCUCAUACACGUCCCAGCUCACGCCUAUCCCCGAGGGCCUUGACCUCGCUCAUGCUGCCCCGAUCCUGUGUGCUGGUGUCACAACGUACAAGGCGGUCAAGGAGAUGGGGUGCAAGGCAGGUGACUGGGUCGCCCUCCCGGGUGCCGGUGGCGGUCUGGGGUGCCUUGCGCUGCAGUACGCCAAGUAUAUGGGUUACCGCACCAUCGCUGUCGACACGGGCGCAGACAAGAAGGCACUUUGCGAGACGCUCGGCGCCGAUGCCUGGGUCGACUUUAAGCAGACUGACGAUAUCGUCAAGGCAAUCAAGGCCGCCACGACUGACGGCCUCGGCCCACAGGGGGCGGUCAUCACCUCGCCCCGGCCAGAGGCAUACGAGACGGCUAUGCAGUACAUUCGUCCCACGGGAACCGUAGUGGCUGUCGGUUUGCCCCACGGAGGUGCCAAGAUCCACUGCGAUGUGCGGGACACGGUCAUGCUCAAGAAGAAGCUCAAGGGUUCAAACGUCGGAAACCGAAAGGAAGCUAUCGAGGCCCUCCAGAUCGUGGCGUCAGGCAAGGUCACUUGUCCUAUCGAGAUCAGGCCGUUUGACCAGCUCAACCAGACGCUCGAUGACCUGAAAGCUGGAAAGAUAUCGGGCCGUGUGGUUCUGGACUUGCACAAGUAG